AUGAUUCACGUCUACUCCUCUUCUCCUUCGGCGUUUCCCCUGCCCCUGGUGACGGGGAGGCCCGCGGCGAGCGAGCGCCCAACAUGGCGCCCUGAGGCGAGGCCGCCCAACGGCUGCUCGACGCUGCCUCCUCGGCGGUGGACUAGCGCGCCUGGGCCGCCGCCCUCAGGCGGCCCCUGGUCGGUGGCGGACAUCCUGACGGAAGACGACGAGCAAGAUCGAGUCCCGCUGCAGAAACUCAAGCUUUUAGGGGAAUCAGAAGAACUGAGAGGCUUGCUCCUGAAUCCACAUCUCAGGCACCUAUUACUAACGAUUGAUCAAGCAGAAGAAAAAAACUCCCUCAUGAAAAAGUACAUGCAGGAGCCAUUAUUUGUUGAGUUUGCAGACUGCUGUUUGAGAAUCGUUGAACCCCCAGAGAAGGAGAACAUUCUUCCCAAGUGAGCUACUUUGGGGACGUUUUUCUUUCCUUGCAAUUUUUAUCCUCUGACAGAAGAGAUUGUGCAGCACUCUUAAGUUACUGUGGUACAUCGUUCUAUAUUUCUUCUAGCUUUGGUCACACUUCACUCAUGGACUGCUGUGCUCUCAUUUUCACUCUACUAUUGAUAAGCAAUGACAUAGGCAGGCAAAGAUACUGUUGGCAAGGAGAGAGUUCUAAAUACUAGGAAUUAAACUUGGUAUUCUGUGGACUUGCUUUCUGUUGGUACAAAAAUCCUGUCAACCAUAGGAAAUGCUUCUUCCCAAUUAAAAAAAAAAUGUUUUAAAUAUGUUAGCAUUUAUCUUAAUCCACAAACUAAUCUGAAAUGUUCUGGUUUAUUAAGUCUUGUGGAGGGUCAGACACAUUUGCAAGAUAUUUAACAGUUUAUUUAAAAGUGGUGUACACAGAUGAACUGAACGUGAGCAGAUCCAUGUGAGCAACAAAAAGAUGGUAUAGAGCUCCUCUGAUGAGAGCCGAGAACCCUGGUGCCUUGGCAGAGUUGAUGUUAGUGACUAGCUAGGGCCAGAAAUACACAGCCGUUGUAAGAUGAUAUAUAUCUUGGUCCCAUAAAUUUAAAAAAAAAAAAAA